AGGAAGGUCUCCUCCACCUCCCGCUACCCACUUCGGCCAUACCACCCAAAAUAGAGAGAGAGCCUCCAACAUCUCAUAUCCAUGUCCAAAACCGAGCUCAAGAUUUGAGGAGACUCAAGGAAGAAGAAAAGCUAGUAUAAGUGAGGAAAAACUUGGAAAAUCAAGAAGUGUAAAAUGAGGGUUUGGAAGGUUAAGUUCAACCAUGAACGGAGUUAUGACCGGAGUAGGACCGGUUCGACGGAAAACACCUUCUCGGAAGGUUUUGAUGUUUAUACCACUUUUGGUUGUGAAACCUUGUUAGGAAUUUUACCAAGGUAUUCUAUACUUCUCAAGGAACCUAGGAGUGGCCGGAAAGUCUCCGGAGCCGCCGGAGUUUUCGCCAGAAAAUUCAAAAGUCGCCAGAGUUCAAACAAAGAAGAUAAAAGCUUGCUAGCAUCAUUUCAAGAUGAGUGGAUGACUACGUGUCUUGUAACUCUUGGUUCGAAAUGUGGGAUUACCUAAAUAAAAUCAUAACCAUGAUUUGAGAAAUGAUUAAAUGUAUUAAAAUGCAUGAUUAGUCAUGGUGAUUAUAUGUGGCUAAUGAAAAAAAAUAGAUUAAUUUAUUAAUUAAUCAUGAAUAUAUUUUUCUCAAAUAUAUAAGAAGUAUAUUUGGAUUAUGCAUGAAACCAACUAGAGUAAUCUAGUACAUGAAUAUAUGAAAAGAUAUGUGAAGUUGUGAUUAGCCAUAUUAAAUAUGGAUUAUGGAAGUAUUAUAUAAUUAAUAAAAAUAGAUUAAUU